AUGGGGAAUGGUGAUGCAUUACAAGUUGCACUUAUUGAUGUCAAUCAUUCCAAUGCCAUCGUCUCCGACGGGCCAUUGUCGAUAGCACAAAUUGAGGUCAUCGUCCUCGACGGAGACUCGGAAGAGUUCAUGAGCCAAAACAUUUUGUCUCGAAGGGAUGGAAAAAGGCCCUUAAUUGUGGGUAAUGAUUUGAAACUUCAUCUCAAAAAUGGAGUUGGGUUCAUCAAGAGUUUGAGCUUCACAGACAAUUCAAGUUGGGUGAGAUCCAAACAGUUUCGAUUAGGUUUAAGAAUUGCGGAUGAUAAAAUUUAUGGCAAGUUUCCAAGAAUUAGAGAAUCUGUAUCUCAACCAUUUAGAGUCUUGGAUCAUCGAGGAAAAGGGAGCAAGAAGCACCACCCUCCACAAAGGGAAGACGAGAUAUGGAGAUUAGAAAGAAUUAGAAGAAAUGGUGUUUAUCAUAAAAUAUUAUCUUCUCAAGGCAUCAAAACGGUUGAUGAUUUUUUAAGAACUUAUGAAGAAAAGGGUCCUCUUUACUUAAGAAAGUUACUUGGUAAGAAGGUGUCAAACAAGUCAUGGAAUGCAAUGGUCACUAAUGCUUUGGAAUGUGUUCCUCUUGACAAAAACUUUGCUCCAAGCUUUGAGAGGCAAGAUAUGUUUGAAUAUGAAUGCAUGGGAAGUGAAGGUUUAGAAGGAGACUUAGAAGGAAGUGAGCAAAGGAACUCAAAUGAUUGGAAUAAGUUUUUAGAGACAACAGUUGAAGAAUGGGAGUCCAUGCAAGAAGCUUCAACUUCAUAUAAAUACAACCAUGAAGUGGAAGAUAUGUUUUUUAAUUGGGAAAAGAAAGAAGGAGAUAGAGAGAGGGGGGGAGCUGACAAAGACAGUGAGAGAAAAGGUGCAGCCGUACAAACAAACAAAAGGAAGAGGAGAGAGGCAACCGACGGUGAAGAGGUUGACGUUGAGGGCGUCGACCGGAAUGCCAGUUGGCGACGGGUUCCGCCCUUCAGCGUGGUUUGA